AUGCUGUGUGUGUGUGCCCCAUGCUGUGAGUGCAGGAAGAGCUCGGUAUCCCAGGAGACUCAGGAUGACCCAGCCCCCAUCUCCACCGGCCUGAACCUCGCAAAAGUCAUCCCAGUGGGAGACGUCCGAACGAAUCUCCUGGCUGCUCUAUAUGGACGCUCACCGACUCUGGACACAAACUCAGCCCACAACCGCCUCCAGAUUUCCUCGGAUCUCAGGACGGUGACACUGAGCAGUGUCCCCAAGAAUCGUCUCCAUCACCCACACCGCUUUGAUUACUGGCAACAAGCUCUGUGCUCUGAGAGCUUCUCAUCAGGGCAGCACUACUGGGAGGUGGACGUGGGGAGUGCGGGACAGUGGUGUCGGAUUGGAGUCGCGUACGGGACGAUCCUACGGAGAGGGCGUGGUGAUGAGUGCCGCCUGGGAGGGAGUGACGUGUCCUGGUGUCUACGGAAACGUGGCGACAGCUUCUCAGUGGUGCAUGGCGGGGUAAAAACGUCACUGUCGGUGCUAGAGCCUCCGCGGAGAGUCGGGGUUCAUCUGGACUGGGACGCGGGGCUGCUGUCGUUUUACAGCGCCGAUUCCAUGAUACUCUUGUACUCGUUUCACCAAACAUUCACUCAGCCCCUACAUCCUGGGAUGCUGGUGGGGUGGUGGGGUGAUGAUGGUGACUCAGUGAGGAUUCUGGAUCUGAGUGGUGCGUCCUGAGAGGGGUGAACGUGAACAGCGCAGAGAGCAGACGCCACGAUGCACGGCGCUCGCCACCCUCGUCACCAUCACGCGCAGUGCCACGCCCGUGGCUGGCCGGUGGCUGUCGGUGGCCGUCGGUGGCGAGGAGAAGCGUGGCUCUCCAUCAUAAAGGGGGGUUAAGCAUAAACAAUCCUCACAAUAUUUCUAGGGGGUUAUACAAUCAGUACCGCUCUGUGUGUGAAGCCAAUGUGAAUGUAUUCACAGUGCCAGAGGAGUGUGAGAAUAGUGUAGGGGUGCAGUGAUUAGCAAUGGUGAACUGGGAUGUGUUCAUAGACUGCUAUAAUUGAUUAUGGGAGAAACACAACAAUAAUAUGAAUUUUAAAAGGUUUAAAUCUACACGUAUGACAAUGACAUUGUAAUCCUUGUAUUGUUGAUUCGACAAUAAAAAUACAGAGCACCAAUAAUAAUGUAGUUGUGUACAGCGUCAUUCGUGCUCACUGCAUCCCGCAACGCUGUUCAUUAAUUAAACACGAGGCCCAAAUCUUCUACACAGCCACUGCCAAGCAAAUUAAAUCUACAAAUUAAUAAACAAAUGAAGAGAUGGCGCCAAACACAAAAUGCGCCAAACAAUGUCCCAUCUGUUCAAGUUAUCUGCUGUUGCAGCGUCAUGGACCCGGUGAUGUCACCACGCACGCUCCCCCAACGUG